UGGAGCUUGAACGCAGUAUUAACAGUGACGCUAACCCAAGAAGGAGCGGCGGAAAGUGCGUUAAAGGCGGCUUUAUGAACUCACACAGCCAGUGAGUCCGGCUCGUCCCGUUCCCCGUUGUCAGAGGCUUCUGUCGGGCUGACGGCUUUAUUUUUAGCCGCUGCGCUUACCGGAAGUCACGCUACGGGAUAGGACUGAGAUCUGACGGUAAAUGACGGCUUUCCCGCCCACGGCGAGACCGGCACUAGCACGGCUCUGUCUCACCUCUGAGUUGGGCUCAAAUGAAGCCGCUUCACCGCAUCUCCGACUCUUCCCGAGCUUUUAGGAAUCGCAGCUGCCCGCUUCGUGUCGCGGAGUCUGAGGUUUGACCCAACGCGGCUUCCGGAGCUGUGCCUGGAACGGUCACGUGAUCAAAACAUUGUUUUUACCGCGAACGUGAGCCGCCCGGUGAAGUAGGAGCGCGUCGCGGCCCAACGGAGAGAUUAGCCGGGAUUCUGCUCGGUUUGCUCGUUUUUGAGGUGCCGCGAUGUUCUGCGAAAAAGCCAUCGAGCUGAUCAGAGAGCUGCACCGCAUGAGCGACGGACAGCUGCCCGCGUUUAACGAGGAUGGACUGCGACAGGUGCUGCAGGAGAUGGAGGCGCUUUACGAGCAGAACCAGAGUGACGACAUGAAGCCUCCAAAGAGCCUCUACAUCGAGGUGAGGUGUCUGAAGGACCACGGCGAGUUCGAGAUUGACGACGGCACGGUGAUCCUGCUGAAGAAGAACAGCCAGCACUUCCUGCCGCGGUGGAAAUGUGAGCAGCUGAUUCGUCAGGGCGUCCUGGAGCAUGUGGUGUCCUGACGAUGCAGAUGUUUCAGCAGCUGGAAAACACCUGCACUCACCUUUAUUCUGGGCUCUUCUUCUGAUGUGAUAAUAAAUUGUUUUUUCAA